AUGUUUGGGCUCGUGCCGGUUCCAGUGGAGGGCAAUCUGGGAGAGCUGGGGUCGUCAGGAUAUGACUGGAGAAGUGGUUCUGCUGCAGGUGGUGAUGAAGAAAGGGCAGGAGAAGCAGGACGGCGAUCAGGAGGGCGGGGAGGAGGAGGAACAGCAGCAGCAGCAGCAGCAGCAGCUGCAUCCGCUGCUGCAGCACCACGUCCACCACCAGGAGUGGGAGUGGCAGCAGCGGUAGCAGUGUCAUCCGGAGCAGCAGUGUAUGUGCACCCUGUGCCGCUGCGAUGGUUGCUACCGGAAUGGGUGCACGGGCAGCAGCUGUUUCAGGAGUGCAAGUUCGGCAUAGUGCUGUAUAUGGUGAUCAAGCCAGCAUGUGCCCUGCUGCAGGUCGUGUUUGGCCCGCUUGGACUCUACAAAGAGGGAGACUUCAGUCCAUACUCGCUCUACCCAUACGCAACGCUGCUGAUAAACCUCAGUCAGAUGUAUGCUCUCUACUGCAUAGUGGUGUUCUACCACGCCAUUGGCCACUACCUGGCGCACAUCCGCCCCUUGGGCAAGUUCCUCGCCAUCAAGGGCGUCAUCUUCGUCACCUACUGGCAGUCUGUCCUCAUUGCUGCGGUGGUCUUGUUCCUGGGGUUGGCUUCUGGGGGUGCGAGCCCGCUGCAUGGCUUGGACUGGCAGGAUGCGGUGCAGGACUGGCUUAUCUGCGUGGAGAUGGCAGCAGCAGCGCUGGCCAACCACUGGACCUUCCCAGUCUCGCCCUACACACGCUCCCGCCUCGCUCCUGCACGCAUGCAGCGCCUGCCAGCUGGCGUCGUGGCAGUGCUCGCUGACAUGGCGGACCCGUCCGCCCCGCUGGACCCUGAAGAGAUCCUGGCGAGCGAGGUGAUUGGCCGAAGCCUGUUCACGGGCAGCACGGCUGCUGCUGGUGCUGCUGUUGUUGAUAGUGAAACUGCUGCUGCUACUGUGGCUUCUGGAGGUCUUGGUAGUGGUGGUGCUGGCGGGUUUCGAGUAGCGGGGAUGGGAGGGGAAGGAGGGGCCUCAGGAGGAGGGAGAAUAGGAGAUGGGAGGGACAGAAGAGGGGGUGGAAUGGGGGCUGGAGGAGAUGCUGAUGGGAGAGGAGACAGUGGAGUAGAAGUAGAAUGGAAUGCAGGAGGCAGUGGGGGAUUGGCCGGUGCUCUAGCUGCAGCGUCACGCGUUGUUGGAGCGCCGUUUCGGAGAGACAGGCGAGAGGAUGCAUGGGAAUACGCGUCUGACUACUUGGGAAGGAGGGACAUGGAGGUUUCUGAGAAGAUUCAUGAUGUCUUUGUCGGCGGUGGCACUGAUGCGUUUCAGGACAUGCAGGCAGCAGUGCAGCGGGGCAUGCAGCCCAUAUCCGCCGCAGUGGAGCCGCUCACAGCAGCGGUACAGCCCUUCUCUGCUGCUGUCACCAGCGCCCACCAGCAGGUCGCCUCCACGUGGCACCAGCUGCAGGCGUCCCUCCCUGCCCUCCCUGCUGCCUUCCUCCCUGCGGUUGCCAACUCUAGAGGGAAUGUGAGGGAUGGAGGCGUGGUGGAGAGGAGUGGGCGUGUGCGGGGGAGAGGGGGUGGAGGAGGUGGUGGGUGUGGGGCGGAUGGCAAGAGGUGGUCGGAAGAUGAUAUAGGGAUUGUGUUUCGCGGCAGGGGAGGGGAGGGAGGGGCGGUAGUGGGAAUUGAGGCUCAAACGAUCGCGGGAAAUGGUGGGAGAAGGGCGCUUGGUGCAAGGGUGAUGCGGAAUGAUGGAGGCUGGGUGAAGGCAAGGCAUGGGGAGGACUGGAAGCAUGGGCCGACAGGAGGCGGCGGUCAUGAAACGAUCAAAAUAUGUGCUUUAGAUGCGAAUUCAACAGUCCUUCGUGUUGGAGUGGGAUGUGAUAGGUGUACAGAUAGGCCCGUCCGACGUAGUCGCAGCAACGAAAGUGUUGCGGGGGAGGCCCUGUAUUCUUUGUCGUAA